CACACACACACACAUAUACACACACACGCCUGUUCAUCCGGCCCCCCGUGCCUGAACAGCCCCUGCCCCUGCAAUUCAGGCAAGUGCCCAUGGAGGUCUAGGCGGGAAGCAGCAGGUAGAGGCGUGCCAUGGAUUGCACCAUCAAGGAGGCGCUGUCAGUGGUAAGUGAGGACCAGUCCAUAUUUGACCCAUCGUUCAGCACUCCGCACCUUUUGAAGACUGAGCUACCCUCUGUGGAUGACUAUGGUGGCAAGGAAGGCAUCGGUUUGGAGGAGCCCUCGUGGUCAAACCAGGCUAACAACAGAGUCCACGUAGUGAAGCAGGAAAAUGAGCAGGUCAACUGCUCCAGCAGCAAACCAUCUCCCGUGGACUGUAGCGUGACCCGGAGGAGCAAGGCAGUUGUCCCUUCCCAGGUAUCCUAUCCAGGCGGAUACAACAGCCAGCGUAACAGCCCUCCCAUCAACCCUCCCAGUGAGGAGAAGAGAGUUAUUGUCCCAGCAGAUCCUGGUGUGUGGACGCAUGAUCAUGUCCGUCAGUGGCUGGACUGGGCAGUGAAGGAGUACGGCCUUGUGGAUAUCGAGAUCAGCCUCUUUCAACAUAUAGAUGGCAAGGAGCUGUGCAAACUUGGCAAGGAAGGUUUCCUACGCCUCACCACACCAUACAAUGCAGAAGUGUUGCUGUCUCAUCUCUCCUACCUGCGCCAAAGCAGCCCCACUUUUACGUAUCCAUCUGCUCCAGUCAUUACGCAGCAACCACCCCCUCCACCACCAAGAACCCAAGUCAAAACCGAGUCUCCAUAUGAGGAAAUACGGAGGAGCAGCUGGGGCAGUGGCCCUAUCAGUGCAUCUUCCAAAGGUUCCCCACCACAGAUCCAGAGUGUGAGUCGAACUCCAGAUUCAACACGUGUUGCACCAGAUCCAUACCAGGUCCUGGGACCCACCAGCAGCCGCUUGGCAAACCCAGGCAGUGGGCAGAUCCAGCUGUGGCAGUUUCUCCUGGAGCUGCUGUCCGACAGCAACAAUGCCAGCUGUAUCACUUGGGAAGGAACAAAUGGCGAGUUCAAAAUGACAGAUCCUGAUGAGGUGGCGAGGCGAUGGGGCGAGCGCAAGAGCAAGCCCAACAUGAACUAUGACAAGCUGAGCCGGGCACUACGCUAUUACUAUGACAAGAGCAUCAUGACCAAAGUUCAUGGCAAGCGUUAUGCCUACAAGUUCGACUUCCAGGGCAUCAACCAAGCCCAGCAAGGGCAGCCCGGAGAGCCUGCCCUGUACAAGUACCACCACACGGACUUACCCUAUCUUCCUUCUUACCACCAGCAGAAAGUGGGUUUUGGCUUGAGCCACACCAAUCAAAUGCCCACCUCAUCCACUGGUUUCUUCGGGGCACCUUCCCCUUACUGGAAUUCCAGCAGUGGAAACAUCUACCAAAGUCCCACCAUGCCACGGCAGAGUCCCUACUACUAGUCAGCAAGGGGUCCAGAGAUACUUGAACUUUUUCUGUCAAAACUUGCCACUCAAACACCAGUCAAUUCCAAGAACCACAAAGAGGGGUGGUGAGUACCUAACCACAAGCAAUGGGACUCUCCCUUCCCUCUGCUCUCUCUGCAAAGCCAUUUGUUUUUCUUACAUACCAUGGGACAUGGCUGGAACCCCUAAAUGGCUGGAUCUUCUAUUUGCACAUAUAAUUUGGAAGGAACUAAGUGUUAGAAGAAACAAGGAGUUGCAUUGUAUCUCUAAAAUCUGUAUCCCUUGGUAUGAGGGAUUGCUUGCUUAUUAAUGUUUAUUGCCAAAUUGCCUUGGGCAAUGCCCAGAAGCCAACUAGACUGUGUCUUCAUACCUAUUUCAAAACUAGUGGAGCAGCAGUGCCCCACACUGUUUCAGAGGGCAUCAGGCAAGCUUAGGGGACAAAGUACAAACCAUCUCACACCUUGGUCCAAAUAUCAGGUCUUUGUCACCAUCUGAGGCAGAUGCUACAACCUACCUUAUGACAGUGUUGCCCCUAAAAUUUUCACUUUAAAUGUAAUAAAUUGUAAUGCAUUCAUAGUCAUAAAACCAAGCAGUGUACUUCUGUACUGCUGUCAGUCAGUGGCUUGAAGCUGAAGUGGAGAAGUACACAGCCAAUGCCAUCACUUUUAGAGUCUCACUUAUCCGACAUAAACGGGUUGGCAGAAUGUCGGAUAAACAAAAAUGUCAUAUAAUACAGAGUCUUCUACUGUUACCUGUCCAACGCGGCACUAGACACUUAGAAUACUAACAACAGGAACUCAAAGGGCCAAAGCAGUGGUUCCCAACCUGUGGGUCCCCAGAUGUUUUGACCUUCAACUCCCAGAAAUCCUAACAGCUGGUAAAUUGCUUGGGAUUUCUGGGAGUUGUAGGCCAAAACACCAGGGGACCCACAGGUUUAGAACCACUGGGUUAAGGCAUGGCAAUGCCUCAGGGCUAGAGCAGCCCAGCAAGAAAUGCCCAGAUGUGUAAGAGGAGGGGAGGAGGGAGGAGGGAGAAUGCUUCUGCUUCCGGUCCUGUUUCUUUUCUCCCUUUCCUCCCUCCUCUUCCUCCUUGUCUUACCUUUUUCACUUAUUGGGAAUGGAGAGGGAGUUGGGGAGCACUCCUUUAAUUGAAGGGGGACUGCUGGAGGAAAAGGGAGGUGUCGGAUAAGAGCGUCGGAUAAGACGGAAUGUUGGAUAAGCGAAGGGCGGAUAAGCAAGACUCUACUGUAUUACAUUUUUGGUAAGCUUCAGCUUUUUCAGCAUUAGGGCCCAUGUUGGGCUCAAAUAUACUUUUGUGGGCCCACAGCAAUUUUCCCACAGAUGUUUUGGUGGUAGAUCAUCGGAGUAGCCCAUCUUCAAUUAGCUUUAAUGGACUUGACCAAUCUCCCAGCAGACCAGACCAGUGCUAGACUAAAAAAGACCAGGGAGAGAAAUACACAAGAUAGGUGCUCUGAUCUUUCUUGUAACAUCAAAUUUCCUCUAGAGUUAAAAACAUUUGGUGGGGUGAGAUAUAAACGUGAUGGGAAUGAUCCAAAAUGGCCUUUACUAUUUUGCUUUGUCCUGUAGGCAACAUCUGCCAUCUGUUUGGGGAAAGAGCAGCAACUGGGGAGUGUCACUACUAUUGCGUCUACCCCUUAUAGCCAGUUUUUUUUUUAUUAUAAUGGGUUGUUGUAGAUUUUUCAGGCUAUAUGACCAUGUUCUAGAAGCCUUUUCUCCUGACGUUUCAAACCCUGCAUCUAUGGCAGGCAUCCUCAGAGGUUGUGAUGCAGACAAAAUGUCAGGAGAGAAUGUUUCUAGAACAUGGUCGUAUAACCCGAAAAACCUACAACAACUCAGUGAUUCCGACCAUGAAAGCUUUUGGCAAUACAUUUAUUAUUCACACCUAACUGCAGCAGGGAAGAGCUCCUUGCCCCACCCCAGCCAUUCCACAGAUAUAUAAACCCAUUGUCCUAAUUCCAACAGACCUCACUACCUCUGAGGAAGCUUGCCAUAGAUGCAGGCGAAACGUCAGGAGAAAUGCCUCUAGAACAUGGCUCCAUAGCCCGAAAAAACCCACAAGAACCAUUUAUUAUAAUGUUUUCAUUUCGUGAUUCUUGUUCUUUGGAGAAAGAUGAAGUAUGACAAAAGAUGCCUAUAAAUACAUAUGUGAAAUUCAAUAAUAAAUUUGGAAGGAAAUUUGGUCUGCCUUAAGCAUUAGGAAAUUAAGAAUUCAGCUUAGAACAGAUGUGGAAAUCUGGCCCUCCAGGUGUUUGGGACCACAACUUUCAUAAUCCUUUGCUACUGACUGGUGGGAAUUUUCAUAGAAACAUAGCAUCAUAGAGUUGGAAGAGACCUCAUGGGCCAUCCAGUCCAACCCCCUGCCAAGAAGCAGGAAAAUUACAUACAAAGCACCCCUAACAGAUGGCCAUCCGGCCUCUGUUUAAAAUCUUCCAAAAAAGGAGCCUCUACCACACUCCGGGGCAGAGAGUUCCACUGCUGAACAGCUCUCACAGAUAUAAAAGAAGCAGUUUCCUGUGCUUCUUUUAUAUUGAGGUUAAAACUUUUGAUUUUCUAGAUGUUUUGGAGUUAAAUUCCCAGAAGUGCCAACUAGCAUAACUAAAGGGAAUGGAUGGUGGGAGUUGGAAGUUCAGGACAUCUGGAAGUCCACGGUUUCUCUACUACUGUUUUACCAUCUCCUUUUCUUUCCCCUUCAAUGAAAUAUGAUCAGAUUCAUUUCAUGAAGAGGGAAUGGUUUAAAACUGCUUUUGUCUGCAGUUUAGAUAUUCACGAGGUAAAAAGCAUGUGACACCAAUCUCUAGCAAAAUGAGGCAACAGAGCAGACAGCAUCAUGUGAAGAACUGGGUUGUUUUUCAGAGUGAUCCAUAAAAGACAAGUAUCUGAAGGACCACAUAUGAUCCACACCUCUUUUAAGACUUUAGGGAGACGGGCAAAAUGGGACAUCCAGCCAAUUAUAUAAUUUGGAGCUAAAUUCAGCAAAAGAGGGAGACAUGCUACCACAACAAAUUGAAUGUGAAAAGUCCGAAGAGCCUUGGAUCUCAGCAAGAACAAAAGGAAUGACAGAUUCCAAAUGUCUGUUUUGUUGUUGUGCCACCUCAAUUCCUUUGUAUGUUCACAUUACUUUAGAGUGGGACUUGCUGACAAUAAUUCAGCACAAGGGAAUUCUUAGAAGGUGGAGAACAAAAAUACCAGAGUAUUUUUAUUGCAGUUAUCAAUAAUUAAGUCUUAGGAUGGGAGAAACGACAAAAAUUAGGAAAUUGUCAAAUUAUUGUGUCUUGGGGAAAUGGUGCUCCCAUUAAAAGUGCCUAAAUAUGUAAAAAAUGUAUGCUUGUGAAUACACCUUCUAACAAAUCACACAUUUUUGUUCUUUUGAAAUACAUUUGUUUUGUACAAGUCCUCUUUGUAUUAAAGGUUGUUAUAGUAUAAUACAA